UCUGAUGGUCUCCCAGACUCUCUGACCUGGAGUAAACCGGACCUUAAAGGAUCUGCUCCCCUCCCCCGAAGUCUGCACUCAGCCACCACCAUCAACAACAAGAUGUAUGUGUUUGGAGGUUGGGUUCCUCUGGUGAUGGAUGAUGUCAAAGUGGCGACUCAUGAGAAGGAGUGGAAGUGUACCAACACACUGGCCUGUCUCAACCUAGACACCAUGUGCUGGGAGACGGUCCUGAUGGACAGCGUGGAGGAGAACCUGCCCCGGGCCCGAGCGGGUCACUGCAGCGUGGCCAUCAACUCCAGACUGUACAUCUGGAGCGGCAGGGACGGGUACCGGAAGGCCUGGAACAACCAGGUGUGCUGCAAGGACCUGUGGUACCUGGAGACAGGUGAGCACCGCCGCCACAUGUCUUAUCACCGCCAGACCUGCAACAAUCCCUAA